AUGUGCGGGAUAUUCGGUUACAUUCUUCACCGCAUUCCCUGCACAACCCGUGAUGUCCUCAAUGUGUUGCUCGACAGUUUACAGCGCAUGGAAUACCGCGGUUACGAUAGCGCGGGUUUGUGUGUUGACGAUGUGAAAUCAAAAAAGCAUAUUGUGGUGCGCAGCGUAGGAAACAUAUCAAAGCUUCGGGAACGCGUUUUCAGUGGUUGUGCCGAUUUGGACUUUAAUGCACAGCUGGAAAAUCACGAAGGAAUAGCGCACACUCGUUGGGCAACACACGGACCGCCGUCUGAGGCAAACUGCCACCCACAGGCAAGUAAUAAUAUGGAGUUCGUUGUGGUUCACAAUGGCAUCAUCACUAACUUCAUGACCAUCAAGCAAAUGCUGCUGGAAGAGGGAUACCACUUCAGCAGUGACACGGACACGGAAGUAAUUGUUGUGUUAGCUGAACAUAUCUUUUCGAUGGAUCACUCGAUUAGCUUCGCUGACCUUGCCGGGAAAGUAAUGGCAGAGUUGGAUGGUGCCUACGCACUGUUAAUUAAAUCCGUCCAUUUCCCUGGGGAACUUAUAGCGUGUAAGGAAGCCUCGCCGCUGGUAAUAGGCCUACAAAACGGUAAGAGCAAUGGAACAGCAAGCGGAAUCGCAAAUGGGUCUGUUAUGAACAAGUUGUUUUUCUCCUCUGACGUCGCGUCCUUUCUUCCUUAUACGCAGGAGGUUAUUUUCCUAGAAGACGGCGAUGUGGCCCAUUACUCAAAAGGUGCUCUGACGCUUUACAAUGAUGCCACACCAGUUAGUCGCACAUCACAAACUGUCGAUGUGUCACCCGAGGGACUCUGCAAGGGGGCAUAUCCAAGUUUCAUGCUGAAGGAAAUAUACGAGCAACCGGAAAGUGUGUCACGUUCAAUGCGUGAUCGGAUUGAUUUUAACACACGUGAGGUUACAAUCAAAGAGAUGAGCGAUGGUGUUCGCACGACGCUGCUCAGCGCCCGCCGCCUGAUGCUGGUGGCGUGCGGAACCUCAUUCCACAGUUGCGUUGCUGCAAGACCGAUAUUUGAGGAGCUUUUACCAAAUAUUUCCAUUACACUUGAGAAUGCGCCGGACCUCCUUGACAGAGAACCGAGAAUAGGGAGUGAUGAUGUUUGCAUAUUUGUCUCUCAGUCCGGUGAAACGGCGGAUACCCUCAUGGCUUUACAGUAUUGCAAGAAGUACGAGGCAAUGAUUGUAGGACUAACAAACGUACCGGGCUCAAGCGUGCUGCGACUAUCUGACUUCGCCCUGUUGCUCAACGCUGGUGUGGAAGUGGGCGUUGCAUCCACGAAAGCAUACACAUCACAGGUUGUAGUUUUAACGCUGUUAGCCCUUUUUCUAAGCAAGGAAAACUGUAGUGGGAACAGUUCCCAUUCACACGGUGGUAGUCAAUCACCAAUACAAAAGCGACGCUUAGAAAUUAUCGAUGGGUUGGCGGCUCUUCCGGGAGCACUUUCGCACUGCCUGAAGUGUACUAAUGAUGUUGCCACGAAAUUGGCCGAGGAGUUGUGUGAUGCGAAAGCUAUCCUUAUUCUUGGUCGCGGCUAUGAUUACGCCACCGCGUUGGAGGCUGCUUUGAAGGUUAAGGAACUAACUUACAUCCACACAGAGGGUAUCCACUGCGGUGAACUCAAACAUGGGCCUCUUGCUCUAGUGGAUGAGCAUUCCACAAUUGUAGCUUUUUGUCCCCAUGAUAAAUUUUUGGGGCGCAGCAAAAGUGCCAUUCAACAGGUAAAAGCACGCGGUGGGCGUGUGGUGGCCAUAACGACAGAACCGGAUGCGGAGUUGGUUAGCGCUACUUCGCGUUGUGUGGAAGUUCCAGCCAUAGUGGAUUGCCUUCAGGGCAUCGUGAAUGUAGUGCCAUUGCAGUUACUCGCCCACCACCUUGCAGUGCGACGUGGCCUAAAUGUGGACUGCCCGAGGAAUCUUGCGAAGAGUGUAACGGUUCAAUGA